GGCGGCGUGGGCGGUGGGCGGGGCGCAGGCGGCGCGCGCUUCCGCUUCCGGGGUCGGGCUCGGGCUCAGGGCGGGCGCGCUUCCGGGUCCCGCCUCCUGCGACCAGGCUCGGUCCCCGCUGCGGCUGCCCAGUCCGAGACUGUCGGCGCCCCGCUGCCCGUCGCACGGCCCCGGCCCCGAGCCCGAGGACGACAUGCUGGAGCACCUGAGCUCGCUCCCCACGCAAAUGGAUUACAAAGGCCAGAAGCUGGCUGAACAGAUGUUUCAGGGCAUCAUUCUUUUUUCUGCAAUAGUGGGAUUUAUCUACGGGUACGUGGCGGAGCAGUUCGGGUGGACGGUCUACAUAGUGAUGGCUGGAUUUGCCUUUUCGUGCUUGCUGACGCUUCCUCCGUGGCCCAUUUACCGCCGGCACCCCCUAAAGUGGCUACCAGUUCAAGACUCUUGCACAGAGGACAAGAAACCGGGGGAAAGAAAAGUUAAGAGGCAUGCUAAAAAUAAUUGAUGGUUGAUAGGGCUCUUAUGAUUCAGGUUUGCUGUCACACCUGCUUUUGUUGCCUGAAGUGAAAUAAAUUGCUUUCAUACCCAAAGCAUGAAUUAAAAACCACCUCUUGAUGUUCUUGUGGCACAACUCAGUAA